AAUUUAUGGUUUACGUCAUCGCGCUGGAGUCACUUUCAUUUCAGCGCCGUGAAGAUCUUCCGGUUUAAUGAGGAAAAACAACAUAGUACUAUUAUCUACAAAAAUCAGUUUUGUUUUUUUUUGUAGACAACCUCAUGAAAAUGAACCUUCUCUUUAUUCCGUCCUUACUGCUCAGUUGUUUACUCGACCAAGGUGUGUUUGGUGACUCAUUGUCAGCAGUGGAGGGAGAUCCACUCACUCUACACUCUGGUGUUGAAAUAAACCAACAAGAAAAGAUCAGAUGGUAUUUUAAUGGUGGUCGUAUCGCUCAAAUCACUGGAGAUCUCAGUUUUGCCUGUACAGAUGUUCAGUGUAAUGAAGGUACUGAGAGAUUCAGAGGCAGACUGAAGCUUGAUCAUCAGACUGGAUCUCUGACCAUCAUGAACACCAGAAUCACACACUCUGGAGAGUAUAAAUUGAAGAUAAUCAACAGCAAGAGUGACAGUGAAAAGAUCUUCAAUGUUACCAUUCAUGGUUUUUUUAGUGUUGGUGAAGAUGGAGUGUUAGUGUUUGUGAUGGAGGGAGAUUCAGUCACUUUUCAAACUACUGUUAAAGCAAACCAACAAGGCAGAAUUAGAUGGUAUGUCAAUGACACUCGCAUCGCUGAAAUCAAUGCAGAUCAGAGUAAGAUCUGUACAGAUGUUCAGUGUGAAAAUGGUGACAAGAGAUUCAGAGACAGACUAAAUCUGGAUCAUCAGACUGGAUCUCUGACCAUCACAGAUAUCACAAGCACAGAUGCUGGACAUUAUAAACUGAAGAUCACUAGCAGAAAUAACCAUGAGAAUGAUAAGACCUUCAUUUUUGCCAUCCGUGGUGUUUCUGCUGCCAAACGAAAUGAAACAAACUCAGCAAAGGAGGGACAGUCUGUUACUUUAGAUCCUGGUGAAAUAAACCACCCAAAUGCUGUCAUUACGUGGUAUUUUAAAGACAUUCUUAUAGCUGAAAUCAGUGGAGAUCCCAGUAAGAACUGUAUAGAUGAACAGUGUGAAGAGAGACUCAGAGACAGACUGAAGCUGGAUCAUAAGACUGGAUCUCUGACCAUCACAAACACCAGAACCACAGACUCUGGACUUUAUAAACUACAGAUCAAGAGCAGCAGAUUCAGCAUCAUUAGGAGUUUCAGUGUUGCUGUCACUGUUACUGCUGUUUCAAGUCCAGGUCUGUCUUCAGUUAUGUUGUCUGCUGUCAUUGGUGCUGUCAUUGGUGCUGUUGUUCUGCUGAUGGUUGCAGUUAUUGGCGUGAUUUGUUAUUGCCACAUAUCAAGAAAGAAAGGAACCAGGACAGCACACAGCCAUGACAAGGAUAAUUGUGCAGAACUAGAAACCCUUGAUCAGACUGACUAUAAAGCAUAAAUGUGGCUAAUGGAACGUCCACUGUCAAUUUUUGCUGUAAUGACAGUUCAGCGCUAUAGACAUUUCCAGAUUUUCAGAAUCUCUGACAUGUGAAAAGAGUUCAUUACAUGUACUAAGAACAAAAGUUCAGCGGACACACAGUCCCCAGUCGCUGCGUUGAGAACUAUAGAAAGCCACUGAAAUAAUGUCACCUGAGCUAUUGCAAUUACAAUCGUCAUUUUUUCCUUGAUGGCAUUUCUAAGAAGAAAGCUGAAAAACAUGUCAGUAGAUAUUUCUAGGAAAUGUUCAGUCUCCUCCACUGACCAGUUCGUAAGACAAAAACAUACAGAUGUUCAUAGGAUGUAUGUAAGUGUGCAAUAUGCAUAUUUUUGUAACUGAGAAGAAAGUCAAGCCUCAAGUUUACUCUUUGCCUAUUGAUCAGAUUAUUUCGGACCUACACCACCCCUUUUUAGUCUGAUCGAAAUAUAUUUUACAUUGAUUAAGGUGCUUACAGGUAGGCUUGUCAAUCCAACUGAGCCAUCAGUCUGAUUACCAACAGAAUAUUUGUUUGCAUGUAAAUGUGAUCUUGACAUAAGUAUCUUUUGGCCACAUAUGUGACAUUGAAAGAUGCAAGCACUCUUCACAGAGUAUAUGUGCAAAUGAGCAUUUUAGGGUAACUACUGACUUGAAUCUUUCUACUGGGACUGUAGAAAGACUGAUAAUGUUUAUAAUAUCAGCACUGGCAUCUUGACAACACUACCUCAGCCAACAGGGAACAUUAGAACUUCAGAACUUUAGUUGAUGUUCUAAUGUAAAAUGUUUUAAAAACAUUUUUAAAAGUGAAACAUUUAGAAAUAAUGUUUUCAUAACUCAGUGGGAAUGUUCUUAGAACAUAUUUUUGUUAGCUGGGCCAGAGGAACAUUGAUGUUGAAUCACUACUGUGUUGAGAUUUGGAUGCUGCUGUUUGCACCUCAUUUAACCAGCAAGCCUCACUUGUUCAGCCAGCUUUGUCAACUCUAAACUGACAUUUGUGACCCUAAACCACAAAACAUGUAUACAUCAUCUGAAAGCUGAAUAAAUAUGUUUUACAUUUAUGUAUGAUAGGACAAUAUUUGGCCGACAUACAACCAUUUGAAAAUCUGGAAUCUGAAGGUGCAAAAAAUAUCUAAAUAUUGAGAAAAUCACCUGUUGUCCAAAUUAAAUUCUUAGAAAAGCAUAUUAUUAAUCAAAAU